AUGACUAAGCAGAAUAAGCCGGUCGCAACUUCGUUAUCUUCGGAGCCGCCGCAAGGAGCUCGCAGCUCAUCUGUACAUGUGCAAAACCAUAGAGCUCUCUGGGACCAAAACCCCCCUAAUUAUCCCUUGCAAAUUGCUCAUCACGGGGCUUUGCUGUCUGACGAAGUAUUUAAAUUUUGGCUCAUGGCGGAUAUUCUCACCCAGCUUCAAACAUGCCUUGACCAGCUCGCAACCCAAUUCUACGCCACGGUUGCCUACCUAACAACCUACCAUGAUCACUCACCCGCCAUCCCACCCCCCAAUGUUCCCAGCGCGGUCCCACAGCUCAAAAAGAUCCCUAAAAACCCUCCCCCCGCCGCUCCCACAUCUGGCACUGCAACCAAUACUCCCGGCGCCGCCGGUGGGCCAUCUGGCGACACUAAAGACGCUGCUGCCGGACCGUCUAAUGCUCCUCAAAUGCAGCAGCAACAGCAAGAACAACCGCCCGACGCCCCACCGCGCCCGGACUCACCGAAUACAUUCCUCAUGCGCCAGCGCGAGCUGGCUCGUGAUCUUAUUAUCAAAGAACAGCAGAUUGAGUACUUGAUUAGCGUUCUACCGGGGAUUAAAUCCAGCGAGGCGGAGCAGCAGGAGCGAAUAAAGCAACUUGCGGAGGAGUUAAGAGUGGUUGAAGAAGAGCGGAGUGCAAGAAGGAGAGAGCUGCGGAGAUUGGGAGAGAAAGUGGACGGGCUGUUGGGGGCGGUGAGUAGGGGGACAGGUAUUUCGAAUUCAGGCUAG